AGAGGGUGGGAGGGGGGAGGGGGAGGGGGAGGGAUGGGGUACCUGUGGCGCGUGCGGCUAUCGUCGUUCUUGGCCGGCACGGCGUCGGCGUCGGCGGCGGGGUUCUUCUUCCUCUACAAGGACCACCUCCUCGCCCGCGCCGCCAUCGCCCGCCAGGUGGAGGACAUCAAGGAAGCUUCUGAAAAGCACUAUGAAGCCCUAAAUCAGCGAAUCUCGGUAUUGGAAAGCAGAAAUGAAUCAGAAGAUACUAAAGAGGCAUCUGAUUAAUUGUGCUAAUUGGAUCUGUGAUGGCUACAUCUUCCUAGGUGUUUUUGGCUGCUGCAUGUGAGAUGCAGCAGUUAAGCUGUAUCAUUUUGUUGUCAAAAUUGCUAUAAACCCUCAAUUGUAGUUUUGCUACACUGUUGCUCUUUUCAUCUAUAUGAGAUGGACACAGAUCAAAUAAAUCGAUUUUUGUGGCUUAACCAGCCAGUUUUUCGUAUUAUUAUAUGUCCUCAGAUGUGUG